AGCCCUACCCAUUGCCACUCCCAGCAGAAACAAAAGAAAGCCAGCCCCAGUUCCAGCCCCAGUUCCAGCCUGUCUCAGCCUCAGUCUCAGCCACGCGCCAGCAUGCGUCCAGACAGCAUCUUGGUCCUUGCCGUGCUCCUCAUUACCUCUACUCUGGUAGCUGGAGAGAGAGUCAAAGGGGAGAAAGAAGGAGUUUGCCCACCGGACAAUGUACGCUGCAUCAGGGGAGAGCCACCCCAGUGUCAUAGAGACAGGAACUGUGAGGGUCCGGAGAAGUGCUGCUACUGGCGCUGUGGCUUCAAAUGUGUGCAGCCUGUGCAGGCAACAGAGGACAACGGAACCCUGGGGAGCGAGGUGUAAAACCUCCUAAGAAAGAACCUCAGAGAACCGCCUUGCCCUUCCACCACAUAAGGACACAGCAAGAAGGACAAAGACCAGAAACCAGGCCUUUCCAGACCUGGACUCUCCUGGCUUCCUGAACCUGGACUUCCCAGCCUCCAGAACUCUGAGAAAUAAAUGUUGUU